UUGAUUGCAAAACGCUUUGCACAGAUCGAAAGAGCACAAAAUUUGGGGUGCAUUAGGCCUAGUAGACUGCCCGAUACUUCCAAUUCAACGGAACACAAGGGCAAAAUCAUUUACACCAACAUGGCGCAUUCGAGUUUUUUCCUAAAUUUUAUGAUUUUUGUGUUUUUUGGUGUUUUUACUGCACCUUAAUAUUAGGUAAGGGAGGAGUUUCGAGAAGGGCAAUUAGCCUAAUGCACCCUAAAUUUCAAGCCCUUUCUAUCGGUGCAAAGUGUUUUGAAAAACACAGUCUAGUUUUCAUAAUCUCGAACAAGUUCGCAACCUCUGCACUGACGGCGCGAGCAUCGCUUCACGCUCUCCCUAGGCCGUUGCCACCCCCUGCCCGAAUGAACCACCGCAGCAGGCGCUGCGCUACGCAGUUGGCAAUGUUGACGAUCCGGAGGUACUCGCCAAGCUGCCAGAGAGGAACAGCAUGAGGAGGGUGAUCAACCUUCAUCAAAAUAUUGGCCGACCAAGAAACCCGGUUACCGUGCAAGACAUUCUCAUGGCGGCUCCAUAUACAACCACCAAACGAGGCACGCGCUACCUCCUGUUCGAUUCAGGUCAAGAUGAUGCUGACCGAGUCCUCGUCUUUUGCUCAGAGGAACAGCUUAAGAUUCUCUGUGCAAGUAACGAGAUAUUUGCUGACGGCACGUUCAAGACGGUCCCGAAUCAAUUUGGCCAGCUGUACACCAUCCAUGGCACAGUGGUGGACACAGCUCAGAGAAAACCAGUCUUUCCCUUGGUCUCCUGCAUCUGCGUGCGAAAGAACGAGGCAACUUACCAGCAAAUUUGGGAGGCCUUUAUCGACGAGGCGGGCCGACUCAACCUGCAGUUCAAAGUGAACCUGUUGAUGACGGACUUCGAGCUGGCUGCAAUGAACGUCCACCAGCGGGCGUUCCCCUUGGCCGCCCACAAGGGGUGCCUCUUCCAUUUCAACCAGGCUCUGUGGCGCUAUGUGGUCAACAAGGGACUUCGAGUGCUGUACAUCAACGCGGAGCAGGAGGACCACACCGUGAGGAGGGACGUGCAGCGGCUCAUGGCGAUCCCCUUCGUGCCCCCUGACGACGCGGAGCCGGUCUUCGACCAGGUCGUCGAUGAGCUGGACGACCGCGUGCUGGGCGUGGCCCCAUGGGCGUGGCCACCCACUUGGAGCAGAACUACAUCCGAGGGCAUCGUCCGCUGCGGCGCCGCAAUGCCGUACCGCCACGUUUCCCCCAGGAACUGUGGAACGUGCAUGAACAGGCCGUGGACAACACCUUCCGCACCAACAACGUGGUUGAGGCCUACCACUCGAAAUUCCAGAAAUUGAUUGUUGUUCGCCACGCUAACGUGUGGAAGUUCUUGGACGAGCUCCGUGCUGAGGAGCACGACUUCCACCAGGUGCUCGCGCAAGUACGGGCUGGUCAUAUAAAUGUAAAGCGGCCGGUAAGCAAGAGGUAUGAGAUGUCUCAGCGGCGAAUCCAUCGCCUGGCGGAAGAUUACAACAAUUAUAAAGACAGGGAUGACGUCAUGACGUAUCUGGAGGCAGUGGCCUACAACCUUAAAAUUCAUGAUUGACAGGUUGGGUAGGCCUAUUGGUUGGGUUCAAAUCGGAUGCAAAUAAAUAUAUUGAGGACAUUAUUUCUUGUGACAUUUUUGAGGAACGGACAUCAAUUCUAGUGGACUUUCUACACGAGGACUUUAGUUUUAGUGGACAUUCCGUCCGAGCGGCCUUAAUUUGAGCGGACAUUUUUUCAGCGGACAUUCCUUUGUGAAACCGAUAGCGCCAUGGCAAGUUAGGAUGGUUUCCUGGCACCUCCAAGUCAGAAUGGAUCUUUAAGAACCCGUCCAAAUUUUUACAAAGAUG